AUGGCGCAGGUCAAUCGCAGGCGGGGGUUUUGGUGGGGCCGUCUUUCCCGAUCUCACCGACGCCGUGCCCCGGGUGGUUUUUACGUGAACCCUUCCUGGAAGGGACGGGUGAAGACCCUCACCCAGGUUAUGGCGUCGCUCGGUGACACCGCUCGUUCCUCACCGGUGCGAACCACUGAUCCCUGUGCCGGGGACUCCGCGUCCCUGCCCUGUCCGCGGGGGUUCACCGGAGGGGACAGACAGACGGAGAUGGCUCGGGGCGGCCGGGCCGCGGGUCAGCCCGCCGGUGACCUCCGCUUUUCGUUGCAGGCGGUGGAUGACCUGUUGCGGUGCGGGAUUUGCUUUGACUACUUCAGCAUUGCGAUGAUCAUUCCGCAGUGUUCGCAUAACUAUUGUUCCCUCUGUAUACGCAAGUUUUUGUCCUACAAAACUCAGUGUCCAACGUGCUGUGUGGCAGUCUCGGAAUCUGACCUGAAAAAUAACCGGACAUUAGACGAACUAGUGAAGAGCUUUAAUUCUGCAAGACAGCAGCUGUUCCAGUUGGUCUUGGAUACUCCACAGACUUCAUCUCCACUGGCCUGCAGCAGGCAUUCAGCUGGCAAAAGCCAUGUUAGGAGUCCUGUUUCUUGGCCAGUUUUAAAAGAAGAGGUGCCACUGAUUGACAGUUUCUUGAGAAAGGAAAAAGUUUGCACCUCGACAAAGGCAGACAGCUUGGCAGGAACCGAUCAGAAGAUUUUCAAAACUGAGGAACAUCAUAACCUUAACAGCAGUUCUGCAGAGGCUGAUGGUACAGACAAUGAAGUGGGAUCACAAGAGAGUCCUGAGUGCACCAAAAGCCAUGAAAAGCCUUCUACAUCUGUGGUAAAAGCAGUCAAGAAAGUGGAUUGUCCUGUCUGUGAGGUUGCUAUUCCAGAGCAAUAUAUAAACAAACAUCUGGAUAGCUGCUUGACCAGAGAAGAGAAGAAGGACAGCCUCCGAAGUUCUGCUCAGAAAAGGAAGCCUAUGUCUAAAGUAGUUUACAACUUGCUCUCUGAGCGCGACUUGAAGAAGAAGCUAAAGGAGCAUGGUCUGUCUACCCACGGCACCCGACAGCAGCUCGUUAAAAGGCACCAAGAGUUUGUGCACAUGUAUAAUGCUCAGUGUGAUUCUCUAAAUCCCAAAUCAGUUGCAGAGGUUGUUAAAGAGCUGGAAAAGAAUGAGAAGAUUCGAGUUCAGCUUGAAUUUAAUAAACCCGGUGAACAUAGCCUGACCUUCACAAAGGACCAGACAGAGGAAGAAAUAGAUGAGAUCCACACGGAUUAUCGAAACAAACACAGAAGUGAAUUUCAAUUCUUGGUGGAUCAAGUGAAUAAUCGGUGGAAGAAAAGUGGGAAGAGGAAAACAGAAAGUGCUCAAAACAAAGAAGUUGCCGACAAAGAAUUGCCAGCGGCCACGGAAGAUGGUGAAGAGCAUCACCCAGCUAUCGUCCUUGGGAAAGCCCAGGUAAUCAAAACAGAAACUCCUGAUGGCAAAAGUGAAUUUCCUUCCUCGGAGGAGGGCCAGAGAUCAGCCUCUCCUGCACUUUCACUGUCAUCUGGAUCAACAAGCAGCUCCAGCUCGGACAUUCUGAGAGAUCUGCAAGGGCCUGAGAACCAUUCAACAUCCUCUGACAACAGCACUUUGAGUCUGAGAGUUAACAAAAGAAAGUCGUGUCCGCCCCGGGAGCCAGAAGCCGCCGAACUGCUGCCCAAGCGCAAGCGGAAGAAGAGCUAGCGCUGCAGCCCUGCGACGCCUCGAGCCCUGCAGAAGGCUGAACGCUGAGAAAUCCCUCCUAGUUUUUUCCAGUUUUCAGUGUGUCUGGGUACUUAAUAAAAUGCUGAAUUUUCGCCUAACUCAUUCAAACUGCCUUCACCUAACCGGGCUGGUGUGCUGAUGUUUCUUGUUCACAGCGCUGGGGGCCGUCGAACUCUGAGGCUGGGCGUAAGCGACCGGAGUCCCGCUGGAGCGGCGAGCCCGCUGGAGGCCGUGGGUCUGUGCCUUGCCGCUCGUCCCGCGCCCGUCGCGCAGAAGCUUGCUCUGCCCUCUCAAAGUAAUCGCAGGACAGCACUGGUGUGGGUCUGGGCAGGAGCUGAUGCUCCAGUUACCUGGCUCGGCUGGGGGGAGGCGUCGGAGGGAGCCGAGGGAUGGGGCAGGCUUCUGGUCUCCAGGA